GAGGACCGAGUUUGAGAACCUCUGAUCUAAACGAUGCUCAAUUGCCUUGGUGACUUUUUCUUGAAAAAUACCCAAACAUAAUAUAAUUUCUGGAACAAGCUUUCCUAACAGUUGUGAAAAAAUAAGUAUUGUAUAUUACACAAUGUACAGUAGUUAGCUUUUCAACACAGCAUAUCGACAACUUCAAGCAGAAGUGGGACAGCAAACAAACCUGACAUUCCGGCUUGUAUUACUGUGUUGUGCAUUGGCACUGUCAGCUUUGAACCUUUAAACAUGAUGGAAUGCACACGAGAGUGGAAUAACCGUAAUGAUUCAGACAAGCGUGCAGCGGGUAACGGAAUCAGAAAUUCCACUACGACUAAUAUUUGAUCUGCCAGUUACGUAUCCAUCCUGCCUCCCAAACCUCUCUGUCAGCUCUGAAAAACUAACUAGGGCCCAGUGCAAAGAACUCAGAGACAAAUUACUUGACCAAGCUUGCAAACAUCUCUCAGAACCUAUGAUACAUGACUUGCUUCUGUGGACAGAGCAGAAUAUUAACAGUGUAAUUGGGGAUUCCAUCCAAGAUGAAAACCACCUUCUGUCAGCAGUGACUGACGACGGGACCUGGACAACCCUUUUACAUUUAGAUCACAUGAGAGCUAAGAACAAAUAUGUCAGAACUGUAGAAAAAUGGACGGCUGAUCUGCAGCUGACCGGAAGACUGAUGUUCCUGAGUAAGCUAAUACUGAUUCUUCUGCAAGGGGGCAGAAGUAGUAUCCGGGAAUAUUUCGUCCUGCAGAAAACCUGUAAGGUGGAUGUUGACUCCAGUGGAAAGAAAUGCAAAGAAAAAAUGAUCAGUGUUUUGUGUGAGGUAAAACUACCUUCGGAACACAAGAGAUUUCCAACAUUUGAAGUGAAAGAGUAUUCAUCGUUUAGUGAGUUGGAGAAAGAGUUUGAAGUGGCCGGACUCUCUGACAUUUUCACAGCAUUUGUGCCAAGUCUUGUCUGAAGAACACAAAUUGUGUCCUGCACAAGGAGAGAAACACAAAAACAACAGAAAGAGAAGAUCUGUAUUUUAGAAAAGAGCUUUAUUUUUUUUUAUUUUUUUUUUAAAUACAUAUUUCUUACUUUUAUUCUAAUCUGACCUAAAUGCGGACUGAAAAUCCACAGCAAUAGGUUGUGUCUGGAUAUACAGGAUAUAGAUCUACUUUAUUUGUACAAUAUUUUAAAUGGCUUCCCAGUUGUGUCAUCUUUGAUUGAAAUUACUUAUAUGGUUUACAUACCA